UGUGAAAUACCAACAGACCGACGUCAUUUUUCAGGAAGUUCAGACUGCAUCACUCUGUUCAAUGACAGGAGAUCAUCAGGUUCUGCAUGUGUGUAUUCGAUCGAAAUGUUUUUAAAUAUAUUUAUUUGCAUAAUAAUGGCACAUAUAUUACACGUGAGUUGCUUGUUUUUCCUCUGACUAUAUAAAAAAGUAAAAGAUAAAAAGAACAAGAAAUGAAUGACACUGUAAAGCGAGGAGGUUGCACACGCACUCUUGCAUUAACUGUGUGCUCUGCAGCCAUCGGUGGCACUUUUCAGUAUGGCUACAAUAUUUCAAUCAUCAAUGCACCCACAGCUUAUGUGCAGAAGUUCAUUAAUGAGACCUGUAUGAAGAGAUGGGGUACUGCUCUCGAGUCCAGUCAGGUGACACUGAUAUGGACCUUUAUAGUCUCCAUUUACUCCCUCGGAGGACUUCUGGGAUCCCUGCUUGCUGGCCCAAUGGCUAUUAAGUGCGGACGUAAAGGUGCACUGCUGCUAAACAACUGCUUCCUUUUUGUGAGCGCAGUCCUGGCUCUGUGCAGUCGCUCUGCCGGAUCUUUUGAGAUGAUCAUCCUUGCUCGUCUGCUGGUGGGGGUCAAUGCUGGGGUUAGUAUGAACGUCCAGCCCAUGUACUUUGGAGAGAGUGCACCUAAGCACCUGAGAGGUGCUGUUGCCUUUUCUUCUGCUGUUUUCACUGCUCUAGGGAUCUUGAUGGGCCAGGUUACGGGUCUGACUGAAGUUCUGGGGAGUGAAUCUCUCUGGCCUUAUCUGCUGGCGAGCAACGCUCUCCCUGGCCUAGUGCAGCUGGUCACUUUGCCCUGGUUUCCAGAGAGCCCACGCUACCUGCUUAUUGACCGAGGAGACCGAGAGGCAUGCGGUCAAGCCCUGAAACGCCUCCGAGCGUGCAGCGUUUUUACUGAUGAGAUGGAAGAGAUCCUCCAGGAACGGGCAGGAGCAGGCGAUGCCCAUGCCAAAACGCUGUGGGAGCUGUUCGGUGACCGAAGUCUUCGCAGGCAGCUCUGCACCGUGAUGGUUGCCAGCAGUGCCAUGAUGUUGUGUGGGAAUGAUUCCAUUUACUUCUACGCCUCCUACAUCUUUCAAGAAGUCGGUAUUCCAGCAGACAGGAUCCAGUAUGUCACGAUUGGCACGGGUGCCUGUGAGUUCACGUCUGCUCUGGUGUGUAAUCUCCUGAUCGAGCGUGUUGGCCGCAGGUUGCUCCUCGCAGGCGGGUAUCUGCUCAUGGCUUGCUGGGCGGUGGUCUUCACUGUCGCUCUUUCACUGGAGGGCAAAGUGGCCGGCAUGCCCUAUCUGAGUAUGGUCUGCAUGUUUGCCUACAUCUUGAGCUUUGGCAUGGGUCCCGCAGGGGUCACCGGGAUCCUUCCCGCCGAGAUCUUCGACCAAAUGGCACGUCCCGCAGCUUACAUGGUCGCCGGUUCCAUGAUGUGGCUUAACCUCUUCCUCAUAGGAAUGGCAUUUCCGUUCAUAGUUAAGGGCCUGGGACAGUUCUGCUUCAUCCCCUUCUGUGGAGUUUGUGUGGCGGCAUGUCUUUUCAUCAGUUUCACUUUGCCUGAAACCAAAGGAAGGACUCUAGCAGAGAUCACUGAGGAGUUUGAGAAGCGGAAUAAGAAAGGCACAGCUAAUGGGCUUCCUGAAUACGGGCAGCAAUGUCAGAGUCUGACGGAUCCAUCAGAAUUCCUAGAGACUGAGAAGAUCUGAGAGAGAUCAGGCUGAUUUUAUGUUGCUACUGUAUUCAGAUUUUAUCAGUUUUGCCUCUCUUUUUUCAUCUGGUCUAUUAAUUUAUUUUAAAAUACCUUGAAAAUGUUGGGUAUAGUUCAUACAAAAAGUUAUACACUUUUGUAAAGGUAAGGGAAAUGUUAUAAAUUUUUACUUUAUGGUUACGCUACAAUAUUUGUUGUUGAAAAAUCACUAAAUGGAAAUGUUUCUUGCCAUAUGAAACUAGCAUGAAUACCCCAUGAAAAAAAAAAAGGUUUUCUGGCAUGACGCACUUUGAGCUGCAUUUGAUUUAAAAGCGCUCCAUGUUGCAAAGGUGUUUUUAAUUUUAUUUUAUUUUUUUUAUUGUUUUUACUUUUAUUAUGUAUUCUUAUUUAUCAUCUGUAUUUUCCCCUUCCCUCCUUCCCCUUUGAUUGAUGUGCAGCAUAAUACCAGUAUGUGCAAUUGAAAAAAAAAAAAGUGUAUGUUGGGAAAUUAUGUAAAACUGUGAUUUGAUUCUCCUUAUCAGAGAUGCUUUUUAUUUUAUUUUUGUACUGUUUCCCAGAAAACUUGAAUCUUGAUGCCUGCAAAAGUGAAAUGCCUUUAAAAUUUGCACGUAUGUAUUUUACCUCAUUCUGUGUCUCAUAAUAUAAUAUUAUUUAACAUUUAUUGCAAAAGGUGUAACUUAUUUUGAAAGAUACACACAAAGAGUAAUGCAAUUUUACUAUGUAUUGCAUUUGUUAAAGAUCAAUGCAGUUAUUGCCUGUAUGAGAUCUUAUCAGGUAUCUGAGUAUAUGUUUGUUGUACCAGCAGAUGGCACUAUAUCAAUAUCACUGUUUGUUUGUAUGUUUUUUUUUUUCUGUCAGCACUGUUGGUCAUCUCAAUCGGAUGUGUAAUUUUUUUACCAAAAACAACGAAUUUCACAGCAUGCCGUUGCAUUUAGGUAUAUCCACAGUUGUAAAGGACGACAAUCCGUAUUAUAUCCCUCAUUUGUGCCUUAUAAUCAGAUAAGUGAUGUCUACUCAAAUAUCCAAAGUAAUAACCUAUAUUCAACCAAAUUAAAAACAGAAUAUUCAAUCCAAGUGUUUUGUAUUGUAUUAUGAUUACGGUUAGUCCUAAUUCCUUUAAAUCAUUGGAACUGCAAUCUAUCAAAAAUGCUGUAUAUUCAAACUGAGUUUGUAACUAUAAAGAAAGUUGCUUGAUUGAAAUCUGA